CUAGGAGUAUGUCCGUGGGCCGGAUCGCGUCCGUGGGUCUCAUACCGUCUCACACAGAAGCUGAAGCUGCCAUAAAUAGAAGCGUUUGCUCACAUCACGUGUGUGACAGGAUUCCGCUCAGCUGGCGUCACGCAGCGGCCGCCGAUCAGGAGGCGGGGGGCGGCUGUCCGUGGUGCUGAUGGCAGUGAUGCUCUCCAGCUCCACGAUGCCGCUACUGCGCAUGUUGCAUGACAGGUACACGCAAGCCUCCAUCUUGGGCAUCCCGAGCUAAGGCGAAAGGGCAGCAGCCAUAUACACUCCGAUUCCCAAGAAAACAACCAGCGGGCGCGGAAACAACCACAAAAAUUGGCAAAUUGCCGAGAUGUAACUUUUCCCCAAAAAUAUCCGCUCAACAAUUUGCUUCACAGAGCUGAACAGAGAACAAAAUGGAAAAGAAAGACAACGAAUGGUCUGUGAGGCUUUGAUAGGGAUAUCUUGCACAUUCGACUGUUCUGGGUUUAUCUUUCUGAAGAACUGACAGAAAACAUCCCCAAAAAGGCUCCACUUACACCAGAAUGGAGAUGCAGAAGUUUGCCAUCUUCCUCCUGGUCCUCUCAUUUUGUCUAGAAGGAGGAUCUGCCAAAGAUAAAGGAACUAAGAAGGGGAAAAAGAAAGGGAAGCAGGUUUACUGUCCAUCACAGCUGUCGUCCGAAGAUCUGGCUCGAGUCCCUGCUAAUUCAACCAGUAACAUCUUGAACAGGUUACUGAUCAGCUACGAUCCCAGAAUAAGGCCCAACUUCAAAGGAAUUCCGGUGGAGGACAGAGUGAACAUUUUCAUCAAUAGCUUUGGCUCGAUUCAGGAAACAACAAUGGAUUACAGGGUGAACAUCUUCCUGCGGCAGCGCUGGAAUGACCCCAGGCUCAAGUUACCCCAGGACUUCAAGUCAGACUCGCUCACCGUUGAUCCCAAGAUGUUCAAAUGUCUCUGGAAGCCUGACCUGUUCUUCGCUAAUGAGAAGAGUGCAAACUUUCAUGAUGUAACCCAAGAGAACAUCCUCCUUUUUAUCUUCCGUAAUGGAGAUGUCCUCAUCAGUAUGAGGUUGUCCAUCACCCUUUCUUGUCCUUUGGAUCUGACUCUGUUUCCAAUGGAUACGCAGAGGUGUAAAAUGCAACUUGAAAGCUUCGGCUACACAACAGAUGACCUGCAGUUCAUGUGGCAGACAGGAGACCCUGUCCAAAUGGAUGCUAUUGCUCUUCCACAGUUUGACAUCAGACACGAAGAUAUUGAUUAUGGAAACUGCACCAAAUUCUAUGAGGGAACAGGGUAUUACACUUGUGUAGAGGUUAUCUUCACCCUACGGAGACAAGUUGGCUUUUACAUGAUGGGUGUUUAUGCCCCGACGCUGCUUAUCGUGGUCCUUUCCUGGCUGUCUUUCUGGAUCAACCCUGAUGCAAGUGCUGCCAGGGUCCCUUUGGGUAUCCUCUCGGUGCUCUCCCUGUCUUCUGAGUGCACCUCCUUAGCUUCGGAGCUACCCAAAGUGUCCUAUGUCAAGGCAAUUGACAUCUGGCUCAUUGCAUGCCUGCUGUUCGGCUUUGCCUCGCUAGUGGAAUAUGCUGUGGUUCAGGUGAUGCUCAACAGUCCAAAACACAUCGAGGCAGAGAAGGCCAGGAUAGCUUCCAAGGAGAAGGCUGCAGGAAAGAGUCCUGUAGUCAAGAACAACACCAUCAAUGGGACUGGAGGGACACCUCUUCAUGUCAGCACCUUAAACGUGGGUGAGACCCGCUGCAAAAAGGUGUGCACAUCCAAAUCUGACCUGAGGACCAACGACUUCAGCAUUGUGGGCUCUCUCCCACGGGACUUUGAACUGUCAAACUUUGACUGCUAUGGGAAACCAAUUGACACUGGCUCUGCUCUUGGUAAAUCUCAAGCGAAGAACAAGAAACCACCUCCUCCGAAACCAGUCAUCCCCUCUGCUGCUAAAAGAGUUGACCUGUACUCAAGAGCCCUGUUCCCUUUCUCCUUCCUCUUCUUUAAUGUUAUCUACUGGUCCAUCUACUUGUGAUUAGCUGGUGUUAUUAUCUCAGUGCUGUAGUUUCACGAGUUCCUUAUUGAUUAGAUUGUAUAAAAAAAGACUUGGGUUUCCAAGAAACCAUUGAGAAAUGUGAACCUUCCCAAACAAGUGCUGUGAAAAAAGUAAAAGUAUCAUUAAUCCCCACUUAAAAAGCAAUUUUUAUACAAUAUAUAAACUUUUUUUCUUUUUCAAGAUUAUGGAUAAAGAAUCUUAUAAUUAAAAACUUUAUGGAUGAAAUAUGGUGCUUAAAGCAAUAUUGCUAAAGUAAAAUCUCAGUAAGAAUUCCUCAAAUAUUGUGUAAGAGUAAAGCUGAAGAUGCAUGAAACACUAAAGAUGAUUUGCAGAUUUGCGGAUUGCUGUUUUAUUUCUUUUGCUCUUGUCCAGUUUGUGUAAGCUCAAAAGGUUAAAGCAUUUUAUAUUUGCUUCAUUACAAAGUGCUACAUUGUAAUUGCCUUGCAUGUUGUAAAUAUUGCAUGUAUGUGAAGAGAAAAUCUAAAUAUAUACAAAAAAAUUUUAUGAAAUAUUAAUAUUCCUAUGAUUAGGUUUUGAGAAGAAUUGUGGAUACAUGAAGCACUCCUUUUUCUGCCCAGAUGGUCAAGUGACACUGCCACUCCUACAACAAAUGUAACACUUGACUCAUCAUACCUGUAUCCAGUGCAAAUGGGUCACUACUGAGCUGGGACCAUAUAUUUGUGAUAUUUUUGAGGAAAUAAGAUAAAUGUUCAAUGACUUUGCACCAUCUAUUGUUAUUAAAAAUAAGGACAAGAAA